UCAAAUAUUUCGAAAUGGCGUGUUGUGGUGGAAAAUUAUUGUAGUAUAUAAUUUUGCUUGUUCCAAAUAAUUUUUAAGUGCCGUGCGUUUUUAAAGCAAUUUAAACUACAAUUUACAACUGUCAGAAUACACUAACUUUAAAGAAUCGAAACAGCAAGAAACUAAGGAAGUAUAAUUUUUUAAGGUUAGAGCAAGUUGUAUAUAUCAUUAGCCAGAGAAAAAAAUGUUUAAUGCAACAAAUAUUAAUAAUUCUCCACGUUCAAAUAACAAGGAUUUAUAUACUAACAUAAAUGAGACUGCUAAUGGGAUAUCCAGAAGUUUCCUUCAGCCUAAGAUAACCUCUACACCAUUAGUCAAGCGAGAAAGCAUUUUUGCCACUCCGCCAAAACACAAUGUAUUAAGCCCCAGAAGAUAUUCUCUAUCGGAAAUAGCAACGCCUCCCAGACAGAAUAGGAGGGACCUCACAAGGGUCGUCACCACAGGUCCCUUGUUAGCAUCUACAAAGUAUAAUGUUAACGUCAGUACUUACGAAGACACCAAGAGCCCGGGUUUGGCAGGCCGUAUCGUACAGUAUAAUGAAGAAACGGAGCGUGAAAGGGAACAUUCGAGACCACCGACACAUCAAGCUAAGUAUGGUAGUCCGGGAUUAUUUCCCGUGGUUCAUCUGUUUAAGAAAAAAUUACCAACACUAGAUCAGAGACCUAAGAGAGUUACUAUCAGGAUAGCUUCACCAGAGUACUCAAGGCACCAUUCUCAGGAAUACAACCGGAAAUUGUUGGAGGGGAUAGUCAAACCAAGUUCAGCGACGUUUAGGGCAAGCCCUUUUUCUCCCAGCCAUCAAUCUAGUAGCACCAGAAGUGUAUUAGAUGCUUUAAAAGAGAUUUCAAGGAAGAGAAUACAUGCCAACGAGGAAUAUGAUUUGAAUGAGGACAGCGGGAAAAGGUUAAGGACGAUGAACAAUGGAGAUUCUAAUAAAAGGCUGCGCGACGAUUCUCCUUUGGAUAAAUCUCCGAGUCCUAGUAAGCCAACUUCAAAGAGAGUUUGCAUGUAUGACGAGUAUGCGGCGUCUUGUUCUUCUACCGAUUUUUCAUUCAAGAAAGCAGAAUCACUUGAACCAAAGCGCAAAUCGAUAAGCAUCAGUACACUGACGGAUAAUCCGAAGGAAUCCAAGCAAGUCAAACUAAUAAACGUAGAAACACAGACAGCGACCACCGAGACUGUUGAAAACACAGAACAAACUAAGCCGCCUGCAGAGGACCAAGGUAAAACUGAAGUCAGUGACGAAUCCGUCGGUAAAAAGAAGAGCCCCUUAAAGAUAUUCGAUGACGCUCCCCUAGAAAGGAUAAGAAAGAACAGACUGGCUGCCCUUAUGGGUAGUUUGACGGGUAAAGAACCUGUGUUGUUGCCGAAACCGGAUUACGCAACCGUAUUAAACUCUCAAGCAGAGAAUCCAGACGUUCCCGACUCGGCACCUCCGGAAGUUCUCAAAUCCACUGAGAAAUCGCUAGUGUCGAUCCUAGCUUCCCCUAAGAAGUCAUCGCCGACGAAAUCGAGUAAACACGUGCACUUCAGCGUCCCUGAGAGCACUUCCGAAACAAAUUUAAGUUCUACCUCCGUUCUGAGUUUUCCUGCUACUUCGGUUGCAAUCCCUGAGACGUCUGCCAGCGAAACUAAACUGACUUUUGGGUCUUCGAGUAAGACCAGUCGGGAAACGCCGGCACCACCUUCGUCACCGGUCGGUUUACAGUUGACUUCAGGCGACACAGAGAACGCUUUACCCGUUAUCACGUUUGGCAGCGGAAGUAACUCGAGCAGUGCCACUUCUAUAGUUUCUAAAGAGUCAUCGACUUCUUCCAUUGUGGCGGAGGCUCCUAAAACCGGCUUCUCGAUCCCCAAUUUCCAAUUUAAACCCCCAACAACUGCCCCUCCGGUGCUAAGCACGACUUCUAAUUCGACUCCAGCUGCUCAGUUAAUUUUUUCAUCUACGACUUUGACAGGUAAUGCUCCAAGCACGACGAGUCCCCCCAAGAAAGGCGGUUUUAAAUUCGAUUUAUCAAAACCUGUCAGUACUUCUGCUACUGCGACUAUUAGCAGUGCUCCUACGUUUUCUUUCGGCAGUAAUCCUCAGCCAACCGCAAGUAAAAGUAGUUCUAAUUUUGCAAGCGCCGUUGUUCCAUCGUCAAAUACGCAAAAUACUAAACCAGAAGCAUUUAGUUUCGGUGCGAAAGCUGUAGUCCCAACAACCGCUACUAGUUCUGCUUUGGGGCUCUCGUUUGGUACCACCACUACCUCGUCUUCGUUAGGUGCAGUGGUAACUACCUCUGCCACGCCGACUUUUACAUUUGGGGCUGCUAGUAGUGAAAAUAAAACUGUUGUCUCGGCAGGGUUUCCCCUCACGCAUAGUAAUACAUUUGGUGUUGCUAGUACUACAACUUCUGUACCAGCUUUCGGAACAAACACGUCCACUCCUGCUGCUGCUUCUGUUCCCGCAUUUGGUCCUUCGAAAGCACCAUUUUUCUCAUUCGGAGCUUCGAAACCUACCUCUGUUCCGUCUGGCUUUGGGGUACCAGCAACUACAACCUCUGCAGUCACCUUUGGAGCUCCGUCGUCAACGUCAAACAGUUUUGGUACUCCGACUAGUAAUUUUUUGAAUACCUCGGCGCCCUUACCGCCACCCAGUUUUGGGACUGUUACCACAUCCUCGACAUUGAGUGGCUCUUUUGGCGCUCCUACCCCUUCGAAUGCUGGUUUUGGUUCAAAUGCUACGCCCAUGUUCAACGUGAACAAAACGGUUUCACCUUUUGCGGUCACCACCAGUGCCCCGCCAGCUUUUGGAACGGCUUCCACAACAAACGCUCCGCUUUUCGGUAAAAAUAAUGCUCCUCAGUUCGGACAAGCUACGACACAAGCCACUUUUGGAGCUCCCACCACUACUGUUUCUUUCGUGUCUGCCAAUGCUUUCGGGGCGACAACCACUACGACUUCCUCGUCUGUUUUCGGGGGGGCGAAUAGUUCUUCAGUUUUUGGAAGUAAAAGUGGGGGUUUCGGACCGCCCUCGAAUAACGCUAAUAUUUUCGGGGGGCCGGUAAAUACACAGCCGUCUAACUUUGGGACGUCAGUGUCGAAGCCGAUGUUUGGAACAGUGACAACCUCGCCUUUUGCUACUUCGACUAAUACAACUGCGACACCAUCGUUUGGGAGUAGUAACACUCCCGCGUUUAAUUUUGGCGCGAAAACAACAGCAAGUUCUUUCGGCAGCAGUAAUUCAUUCGGAACGACCACAACGGCUAGUACUGGAUUUGGAAACGCUGCGCCUCCCGCCUUUGGCGCUUCGAAUUCGUUUGGGGGUCCUACUAAUUUCGGGACCGGUAACGCUUUCGGGGCAUCUGGUACUCCGGCUUUCGGAGUCGUCACUACAAGCACUCAACCCAGCAGUUUUGGUGUUACGACCACCCCCAGUUUUGGUACUGCGAGUACCGGAUUCAAUGCCGUAGAUAAAAAUUCUGUGUUCAACGCUUCAUCAGCUCCUCCGGCGUUCGGAAACAACGCUGUGUCGCCUUUCAACCCGUCUACCACGACUCCUGGUUUUGGAAAUACUGGUAAUACUCCCGGAUUCGGUGCCAGUACGGGAGUUUCGGCAUUCGCCAAGCCGCAGGCAACUCCGAACCCCUUCGGGGCUCCCGCCUCGAACGCAUUUGGUACGAGUAAUAGUUUCGGCGCUGCCCAGCCGCAAGCGUCGAGUUUCGGACCGACGAAUCCCCCAAAUACGCAGAAUGCCGUGUUUAGUUUCGGGGCUACGUCCCCGCCUAAGCCCCCGGGUGUGUUUUCGUUCGGUGCGGGGGCCCCGGGCGAGGUUCCCAAACCCACUUUUAACUUCACCGGUGGUAAUACGGCCGUGCCAGCUUUCGGUAGUGGCGGGGCGCCUUCAUUCGGGAGCAGCGGCCCUGCACCGUUCGGAGCGCCCAGCGUUCCGCAGUUCGGGGCUGCCCAGGCGGGGGCACAAGGUAUGUUCAGUAUUGGGUCGGGUUCUUCGUCGGGGAAGGCCAGAACGCAUCUGAAGCCCAAGAGAAGGACUUAGGAAUGUUGUAAUUUUAACGCUGUAUCAUAUGAAUUGUACGUACAUUAUAAUAUAGUAGAAAUUGUUUACGCUAGUGCUGUAUGAGGAGUUUUAUUUUUUGUAUGCGACGUAAGCAUGAUGUGUUGUUACUGUUUUUAUGUAUAUAUUCGUAAUUUUAAUGGAUUUCAGGGCGUCUACCUGAGUGGAAUUGCUAGAAAUUUUUUUAUCCGCAGUUUUUUGCAUUUAUUUCAGCGAUUCGAUAUUUCGUUUAUUUCACUUUGUACAGCUGCGUCACUGAAUGAGGGUAAUUAAUCGUUUAUUUCAACUUUUCUUCGAAACUUACAGAGUGAUCAAGUUUAAAAUGUGGGUAAAACGAGAGUGCCUUGACAAAUUUUGCCCCACACGUUGCACUUUUUGUCCCAUAUUUAAAAAGAGAACCUUAAAAUUUGUGAUAUUUUUUUACACGAAAACGAAAAACAAAUGCCAGCACUCGUGCGUAAUAAAAAAUAAUGUGAUCAAGUUUUAUUCAUCUCGUCUAAACCACUAACAAACUUUAAAUCAUUUAUAUUUGAAAAUUGGCAAAUUUAAAUAAAAAAAGUUUAAAAAUUUUUGUGUAAAAAAGUCUAAAUUUUAAAGUUCUGGACUUAGGGGGUAACGCCACUCCAAAAGUUGGAAAAAACAGUUUCUUAUUAACGAAUAGUCUGGGAACAAACAAAAAUUUUCUGAUAUACAGGGUGUUCCUAAAUAAGUGUCGCAACGUAGAACUGUAAAUUGGUCUUGAAAAUAGAAACAUAUUUUCCUCUUCCAUUUUUCUCUCCGGGCUUUCCUUUUCGAGAUACACGGUGUCAAUUUUUUGUUUAGU